GAGGCAUCGAGUUUGAGUUCAAAAUCUAGCGAGCGAGCAACGGACAGUCAGAGUUGGACGGUUGGAGCAGCACUGUCGCGCGUUCGUCAGCGUUGUGCGUGCGAAGUUCGUAGUUUGCUGUUGACCGUUGAUGGAUUCAAAACUGCAUGUGCCGACGCCGUCAACUUUGUGUUUGUUUGGUUAUGGGGUGAAUUAACUCGUGCGUGAGUUGUGAAGUGUUUAGUGAAUGAUUUUGUUCAGUUAAGUAGAAGAAAUCUUAGUUGUCUUUUGCAUUUUCUAAUGCAGACUUCCUGAUGAUCAUCUAGGAUGGCAGCACCGCUAAGGAUUCUGGCGGUACUUGCCUGCGUUCUAUUCAUUUCGACGAAUUCGAUACACGCAGAGACAGUCAAACUUAUAUCAGAAAUUGAAAAUGGUGCAGUGAGUAGGAGUAGAAGUGCAAGCUCAGCAGCAGCAGCAGCAGCAGCAGCAGCAGCAGCAGCAGACAGCGCACUACGACAUGUGCGCCACCUUUCGACGCGAACGUCACACGGCCCCUCUGCCGAGGCCGAGGCUUCUUUCCUCCGCGAAGACUUCUCUGGAUCUCAUAACAUGUUGGUUUCGCCAGUCGACGUGUCUGGUGGAACUCGCCUUACAGUGCAGGACAACCAUAAACCAGUCUUCCUCAACUGCACAUCUUUCCAGCCCUCUGUCAAGGAGGAUCAGCCCAGAGGCACAUACGUGGCACAGGUUACCGCUAUAGAUAGAGAUCCCCCUGAGAAUGGAGGAAAAAUAACUUAUUCAUUUGUCAUGGCUCCUGGAACGCAUUUGAAAUUUCAAAUAAAUGAAACGAACGGCAUCAUCACCACCACUCAAAUGUUGGACCGAGAUGAACCUAGCAGAGAAAAAGAGUUCUACCUGACUGUGAGAGCCACUGAUAAUGGCUUUCCACCUCUAGAUGAUGUCUGUACAAUUCGAGUUCUCAUAGAAGAUAUUAAUGACAAUAAGCCUUUAUUCGACAAAGUGAGAUACAUUGAGUCUGUGCCACAAGAUUUGCCGGCCGGCAGAGAAGUGAUGAGAAUAUCAGCCAAUGACAUUGAUGAUGGAAAUAACAGUCUUGUGGUGUACAGUUUGAGAGCUAUAUCAAGGCAAGAUGAAGGCUUUUUCAAUAUUAACAAGAACACCGGCGUUAUUUCUUUGGACAAAUCAAUUAGUAAGGACCCAGGCUACAGGUUCAAAAUGCAAGCGACGGCAACUGAUCUCGGUGAAAUUCCCAAUUCGGUUCAGAUAGCUGUUGACAUCGAAGUGAUUGAAUCCAACAAGAAAGCUCCCAGCUUCCAGUCGAUUCCAGCCUCACCCAUCAUAAUUGACGAGAACCUCAGAGACUACUCAUAUCAUAUCGCUACUAUUGUUGCUAUGUCGAAUACCGAUGAAAGCGCGCCUGUAUUUGAGUUGGUGGUGGGCCGCACAGAGCAGACCAACAAGAACAGCCACUUCCGGCUGCAGUCGGAAGGACGCACCGCUCACAUCAUCCUCGGCAAAAACCUGGAUUACGAGUCCAUUUCCGAGUUCACUCUCACCAUUCGUAUCGAGAACAAGUACAAUUUGGCGGCCGAGACUUCGAUCGGCAUUCAGCUGACUGAUGUCAACGACAACUUUCCAACGUUCACUGAGGUGGUGUCGGGCAGUGUGCAAGAGAAUGAGCCGCCAGGCACGCCUGUCAUGCAGGUCCGCGCUAUCGAUGCCGACGGCACCUCUGCCAAUAAUCAGGUGACAUACGAAUUAGCAGACAACGACGACUUUUUCACAAUCGACCCGUACACCGGCAACAUCACAACUCUGGUGACAUUCGACCGGGAGAAAAAGGACUAUUACAACGUGAAAGUUAUAGCGACGGACAAUUCGCCAUCUGCGCUGUACAACACGAGCGAGCACAACAAGGGUCAGCAGGUGUUCCGCAUCGAAAUCGCAGACAAAAACGACCACGCACCGCAGUUCACAGAAGCGCUCUAUGUGGCCGAGUCCAUUGCCGAGAAUGCCAACAAGAAUGAAGUGGUCUUGGAAGUCAAUGCCGUCGACGAGGAUACAGCUUCUCCUGUAAUGUAUAGCAUUGUUGAUGGCAACACCUAUGAUGCUUUUGAUAUUGAAGAAACUACUGGAAAAAUAAAAGUUCGCAAUCACUUGGAUUAUGAAAACAUUACAAGUUACACACUGACGGUUCGAGCGUUCGACGGUGUGUACGAGGACCAUUGUAAGGUGGAAAUCAAAAUCAGCAACGUGAAUGACAACCCGCCGGUGUUCCUGUCCUACCAGAACAAUGUGACAAUAAGAGAGGAGGAGCUGAUCAGUGGCUGCAUUGUCAAAUUGGAGGCCUAUGACCCCGACAUCCCGGACCGCGGUGCUCCACAGAACAUUGUCUACUUCGUGGUCAAGGAGGAGCAGAAGAAGUUCCUCAUGAUCGACAAGGAUGGCUGUCUCUCACUUAUUCAGCCGUUGGAUAGAGAUCCACCGAAUGGUUUUGAAAUCUGGCAAGUACUUAUUGCGGCCAAUGAUGAAAACGGCGGACAAAACUUUCUGGGGUCCAGUACAGAAGUAGUCAUCACAUUGAUUGAUAUCAAUGACAAUAGCCCUGUUCUCAAUAUGACAAACCCGGUUAUCUGGCGUGAAAAUCAAAAUCCUGGAAUCAUAACGCAGCUUAUAGCCAAAGAUAACGAUGGCCCUGAGAAUGGACGUCCAUUUGCAUUCUCUAUCGCUCCCGACGCCAAUCCUGAUAUCGUCUCAAAAUUUGGAAUUCAAGGUAAUCAGCUGGCUGCACUGGUGACGUUCGAUCGAGAAGAGCAGAAGUCGUACCGGAUUCCCAUAGUGAUCUUAGACAGCGGCAUCCCGCAGAUGACGGGCACUAGCACACUGCAAGUGGUGAUCGGCGACCAGAACGACAACGAGAUGCGCCCAGGCUCCAGCUCGAUAUUCGUCUACAACUACAAGGGAGAGGCACCCGACACCGACAUUGGACGAGUCUAUGUGCAAGAUCCCGAUGACUGGGAUCUGGGAGAUAAGAGUUUUGCUUGGACUGAGGGGCCGCAUCCCAACUUCGAAUUGAAUAAUCGAAACGGGUUCAUCACCAUGUUGAAAGGAACUCCUCCCGAUAUGUCCUACAUGCUGCAUUUCACUGUGUAUGAAGAAUCACUAAUGAUCGCCAGACAUAAAGUAGAUGCAACAGUAAAUGUAACUGUCAAAAAUAUUCCCGAAGAAGCAGUCGACAAAUCUGGAUCAAUCAGGUUGCAGGAUAUCACAGCUGAAGAAUUCAUAACUCCUAAUGCGGAUGGUAUUAGUAAAAGAAUGCUGUUGCAAUCGCACCUGGCAGCGCUGUUCAACAUAUCUGAGGAGAAUGUGGAUGUGUUCACCGUUCUGCACUCGCCACUGCGUGCCUCGGAGCCACUACUUGAUGUCAGAUUCUCCGCACACGGUUCGCCCUACUACCCGCCAGAGAAAAUUAAUGCUGCCAUCAAUAUCAACAGAGAACAGAUGGAAGAUUCGCUGAAAGUGAAAAUAUUGAUGGUGAACAUUGACGAGUGUGCUGAAGAGAAGCGCUUCUGUGAGAGCUCGUGUAAGAACUUUCUGUUCAAAGACAGUAUGAUGGUGGCAACUUACACCAAUCGGUCGUCGUUUGUCGGCGUGAAGGCUGUUGUCACGCCCUUCUGCAACUGUGAUAUACCAGUCGAGCCCACGAAAGUCUGCCUCAAUGGAGGAACUAUGAACGGAGACAAGUGUGAAUGUAUGGAUGGCUUUAGUGGUCCGCUUUGUGAGAUAUCUGGAAUUGGGUUCUGGGGAGAAGGCUGGGCCCUGUACCCGACUCUUCAGUCCUGUCAGAACUCGCAUCUAGGAAUGGAGCUCAGACCAAAUAAAGAGAAUGGCCUGGUUUUCUACAUUGGGCCCACAUCUGUAACAUCACCUCCAUUAGUGCAAGAUUUCAUGGCUUUGGAACUGAGAAACGGUUACCCGGUGUUAUUGGUCGACUUCGGCACAGGAACAGUCAAGGUGGAGCAUCGACAAAUCAAGAUCACCGAUGGCGCCAUGCACAGGGUUGAUAUCUACUGGACAAGAAAAAGCGUGGAACUGCAAGUAGACGACUGCAAACUGUCGUCGUGCCUGAGUCUGAGCACUCCACGCGGCCCCAACGAGCUGCUCAACGUGAACGAGCCGCUGCAGCUGGGAGGCACCUACAUGGACCUGGAUGUGGUGGCCGGGCUCAUGAACUGGACGCACAAGCCACUCAACAUGGGCUACAGCGGCUGCGUCACCAACCUCACCUUCAACGGCCAGCUCUACCAAUUGGGAGCGCCCUCCCUGGCCGAAGGUGUCGACAUCGGUUGCAACCGGGGUACCGCCGUCGCUGUCACGUUCGGAGUCGAUAACAGCUUCAUCAUCGCCAUCCUAAUCUGCAUGCUCACGCUGCUGCUCCUACUACUGUUCGUUGUGAUCCACCGCGGAAAGGCGGACAACCUGUACAAGGACACAGACGACAUCAGGGAGAACAUCAUCAACUACGAGGACGAAGGGGGUGGAGAGGGCGACAUGACCAGCUAUGACCUCAAUGUGCUCAGGCUCAACUACAGCCAACCCACCAUCAAUGGUCACUGUGCAAAUGGUGGCAUUGCUGAUCCACCAGACAUAUGUGGGUUCCUAGAUGACAAGAAGAGAAUUGUCGAUAACGACCCGGAAACGAAUCCGUUCGACGACGUGAGACAUUACGCUUACGAGGGAGAUGGAAACACCACUGGCUCAUUAUCUUCUCUAGCUUCCGGUACUGAUGAGGGAGAUUUGAACUUCGAUUACCUCCCGACGUUUGGUCCGCGGUUUCGAAAGCUGGCUGAUAUCUACGGCGAUGACAACAGCGAUGAGGAAGAGGAUGACCAUUAUCCUCUGCCAACCAACUCCACAAUAUCACAUCCUUGGUCUGCUUCGGCUCAUAAUAGUGAUCUGAAUAUGCACCAGAUGGGGAAUUUAUAAUUUGUAAAAUGUGAGGAAUUAUUUGCAUACAUGUACAAUUUAUUUUGCAUUUAAACAAAACAAUUUUGUAUAGACUGAUAAUGUUAAGGCUGUACGAUUUGAUGUAUCCCUGCCAUUUGUAAAUAGAUACUAAUAGGUACCGUAGUUUAUAUCUACGUUAACGACCUAAAAAAUUAUUUCUAUAUUUGUCUUCCUUCGUUGUAUCUCCUGUUGUCAAAUUUUGUGGAAUCCCUAUUGGAAAUAAAUUAUAUUAAACUCGAUGAUUUAGUCAAUGUGUUCGUAAAACGUAAUAGAACGAUAUCGAACAUAAACCUUCCAAAGUUCAAGGCGUAUGGUGAAGAAGUAAAUAAUAUCGAAGAAUAUCUCAAAUUUUGAAUCAAUGACCAAUAUUGUUCAUUUUAUCCAAAUGAUAGUUAUUGUCAAGUGUUGAGAACCCGAGUGUAUAUGUUAGGUGUAGUGAAAUGUGUACUAAAAAUAUUGUAAGUUAUUGUAGAAUGGUGCUGAUGAAAGGUGUAUUUCCACAUACAUUGUGAAAAUGUUGUGAAGUAUGUAAGUAUAGUGUUAUGAGUAGUGUAAGUAGUUUUUCCGUGACAAAUACUCCCCACGAGGAAAUUUAUGUGUAUUACGAUAUUUUUCAUCGUAAAUGGCCUAAGGCCCUAUUGCCUACAAAAAUCCCAACUUUAAAAAGGGUAUUUUUGUUUCUGAAAACAGUUGUAAAUUCUAGUUAAGUACAUAUUUAUUUGAAAAUACAGAAAGUAUGUUUUAAACAUUGUCUAAAAAAUCCUAACAUUGAAAAAGGGUGUUUUGUUUCUGAAAACAGUUGAACAUUUUAGUUUGGUACAUACUUAUAUAGUUGAAUUGUUUUGCUAUCAGAUUAUUAUCUGGUUGUGUUGAAAUGAAAAAUUCACAAAAUCAACCGUUAUUAUACUGCGUUAUUCAUUAGCAUUUAUUGCUCUGCAAUAAAUAAUGUUGGGACUAGUUUACAUGUUUUGAACGUAAUUAGCCAGUUUUGAGAUGCAUUCCCUGAUUUGUUUCUUACAAGAAAUCUAAACAAGAUAAUUCUCUAGUGCUGAAGUGUAGAAGAGCCAUCUUCUCAUAACUCUGGUUCAAAAUAUAUUAGAAUUAUAUGAAGGUGGAUAAAAUACUCUUUAAUAAACUCCUACCCAGCUCCUCGACUUGCACAGUUCAGUAUCAAUCGUUUUCAUCAUAUAAAUAUAGAUGAUAGAUCAACAUUGCUUCUGAUCAAAAUUUAUAACAUAUUAGGUAGCCAAUUGAAAUUCCAAGUGUAUCACUUUGGAUUUGUUUUAUUUGUUAAGGAAAUAAUUUUGUAAGGAUUAGUUGUAUUGUUUAACAUUAUUUUUUAUUAUGAAUAUUGUCACAUUCCAUCAAAAUCUAUAAUUUAGGAUAAUAUUAAUUGAAUUGACCUGAUUACUUAAAUGAUUAGAAAUGGAGAUUUUUUGUAAAUACUAAAUUGUUUGAUCUCAUGAAGCGAUUAGUUAUCGUGCGGUGGACAAAAGACUCAACUUAAGUUGAGUCACAACUUAAGUUCAAUAAAGUCACAAAUUACAUCGACAAUAAUGACUAAAUUAUUUUGAAUAUGAAUGAGUGAAUAUUCUCUUUUUGUACGUUACAGUAUAAUGUGUACAUUACGUUCAGUUUAUAUUGAAUUAUGUAUUGGCAAAUUUAUAUACAUAAUUAUUUAUUGAUAGAUGUAAUUUGAAAACAAGUCAUGUAUUGUACUGUAUUGUAUUCUUUAACGUGCAAAGACAUUUUAUACAGUUUUUGUAAAAAGUGAAUAAGAUAUAUAUGUUUAAUUGUCA